GAGGCUGACACGAACGACGUCACACGGUAUGUAACGAUGACCGCUUCACGCAUGACACAGGAAACGACAUAAAUAGAAGCAGACGUACUUGUUUUUUGUUUUUUUUUAGCAGACGUAUUUCUACGCUCACCGCGUUCGCUAAUUCGUGACCGCUUCCGGUGACAUCAUCCCCCAAUUACGUCGCGCUGCGCCACGCAACCAGAGGCCGCCGCGGCACGUAUUUUGACGUACCGCGUGUAUGAAGGCGCCAAGUUCCUCUCUGACACAGGAUGGCUGUCUUGCGAUUUCUCAGUCAGAGUACGUCCUUGUUCGAACGUCCCCUAUGAGAAAGUAAACUACUCAGUUACAAAGUAAGUCCGCUCACCUUCUUGCAAAGACUCUCUGUCCUCCACGGAACACCGGUCUGCUGUCAUACACAGUCUGCGAGAGAUUACUCUGCGACUUCCUCUUUUAGGUCCCUUUUAGGUCUCAUCUCUCUCAGCUUCAGAAAAAUGCGUGAGUGUAUUUCUGUGCACGUGGGCCAGGCCGGUGUCCAGAUUGGCAAUGCCUGCUGGGAACUUUACUGCCUGGAACACGGGAUCCAGCCUGACGGCCAGAUGCCCAGCGACAAGACCAUUGGUGGUGGUGAUGACUCCUUCAACACAUUCUUCAGUGAGACAGGAGCUGGAAAACAUGUGCCCAGAGCUGUGUUCGUGGACUUGGAGCCCACUGUAAUUGAUGAGGUCCGCACUGGAACCUACCGCCAGCUCUUCCACCCUGAGCAGCUAAUCACUGGCAAGGAGGACGCUGCUAACAACUACGCCCGCGGACACUACACCAUCGGCAAGGAGAUCAUCGACUUGGUACUGGACAGGAUCCGCAAACUGGCUGACCAGUGCACCGGCCUGCAGGGCUUCCUGGUGUUCCAUAGCUUCGGGGGUGGCACCGGGUCUGGAUUCACCUCCCUCUUGAUGGAACGUCUGUCUGUCGACUACGGCAAGAAGUCCAAGCUGGAGUUUGCCGUCUACCCCUCUCCCCAGGUGUCCACUGCUGUGGUGGAGCCCUACAACUCCAUCCUGACCACACACACCACCCUGGAGCACUCGGACUGUGCCUUCAUGGUGGAUAACGAAGCCAUCUACGAUAUCUGCCGCAGGAACCUCGACAUCGACCGUCCUACAUACACUAAUCUAAACAGACUCAUAGGUCAGAUUGUGUCCUCCAUUACCGCUUCCCUUCGCUUUGAUGGCGCCCUAAAUGUUGAUCUGUCAGAGUUCCAGACCAACUUGGUGCCAUAUCCCCGCAUCCACUUCCCUCUCGCCACCUACGCUCCCAUCAUCUCUGCGGAGAAGGCUUACCAUGAGCAAUUAACUGUUGCUGAAAUCACAAACGCCUGCUUCGAGCCAGCCAAUCAGAUGGUGAAAUGUGACCCCCGUCAUGGAAAGUACAUGGCGUGCUGCCUUUUGUACCGUGGGGACGUGGUGCCCAAAGAUGUCAACGCUGCCAUCGGCACCAUCAAAAACAAGCGCACCAUUCAGUUCGUGGACUGGUGCCCCACUGGCUUCAAGGUGGGCAUCAACUACCAGCCACCCACCGUGGUUCCUGGAGGAGAUCUCGCUAAGGUCCAGAGGGCUGUGUGCAUGCUGAGCAACACCACUGCUGUGGCAGAGGCCUGGGCUCGACUCGACCACAAGUUUGACCUCAUGUAUGCCAAGCGAGCUUUUGUUCACUGGUACGUGGGCGAGGGCAUGGAAGAGGGGGAGUUCUCCGAGGCCAGGGAGGACAUGGCGGCUCUGGAGAAGGAUUAUGAAGAGGUCGGUGCUGACUCCAUUGAUGACCAGGGAGAGGAGGGAGAGGAAUAUUAGAGUCAUCUGUCGGUCAAAAUUAGAGUUCAAUUAUUAUGGAUGAAACAAGUGUUCUGUUUAAUUUUAAACAUUGUAAUACUAAAUUGUUGCAUUGCA